AUGACGGAGCGGCGGCCAUACAACGGCCCUAUCUUCGAUGUGCAAGCACAUGCCAUCAAACCGAGUGGCUAUGAAGCAGUCGCAACAGGUGUGCGAAACAAGGCAACCUUAGAAAAAGAGACCGCCGAAAUCAUUGCCGACGAUAUCUGCAGGCAAUUAGCCGACGAUCUUGUAGGGGAUCCGCGCCGCAGAAUCCUAGGCAAGGAAAAUAUCCAGGUGGUCACGGUGAACACAUUUUUCCCGCCUUUCCCCGCAGAGAAGCUGCUCGUAAUGGUCAACGACAUUAACCAGUGGAUGGCAACAAAAACAGCCAAUAAUCCUCAACUCAUCGGCACGGCUACCAUCCCACCCCCUUCCGCAAUUCGAACCGCUGGAAACGCCCCAGACGGCGAGCCUUAUAGCCAGAAGGCGAUCUCAAUCCUUCGCUACGCCAUCGUUGACCUGGGCUUGAAGGCUGUCUUCAUGGCCUCCAACUAUGAUGGAGUCUUCCUAGGGGAUGCCGCUUUCGACCCUUACUUCGCAUUGGCAGAAGAGCUGAAGGUACCUGUGAUUAUCCACCCAGCGGUCGAGCCGGUCGAAGCGCCUUUCAUUCCAAGAAAAAACAUCUCAACCUAUUCGGGCUUCCUAAACGAUCAACGGACGGCGCUUCUUGACUUGGUUCUGUCAGGUGUAUAUGAAAAGUAUCCUGAUAUCACCAUUAUAGCAACCCAUCUUGGUGGCGGAAUCCUAACCAGCCUCGGUCGCUUCGAUGCUCUUUCCAUGCGGUUUCCCGCCGACUCUUGGUACAUUGAUCAAACAGGCCAAAAGAAACUUCUGCCCCGGCCCAUCAGUGAUUACCUUCGCAAUAUCUACUUUGAUUGCAACAAUGCCAACUUCACUGAUAUACUGCAUGCGGCUUCUGUCGUCGGCUAUGAUCAUCUGUUGACUGGAACCGACUAUCCUUGGACGGACGAUGUCUUUACUCGAGAGGUUCUCGGCGAGCUAAAUCCUGAAACUAGAAUCAACGUCGCCUACAAUAAUGCCGCCAAAUUGUUUGGAUUUGAAGCGAUCAAUUUAAAUAAUUAA